AUGACGAAGCGCACUAAGAAGUCUGUCAUUAAGGAUGGGCCGAUUGGAGGAAGGCUCGUGGAGGUCUAUACUAGCAGAGGAACCAAGCACCGACUGACUGCACUCCCACCCAAACCUAUCAUCGAUAUACCGACUCCUGUAGGCAAACGCCGCCGGGUUGAAAAGCUCUACUACGAGCAGGAACACCCCUCUGAUCCAGCUAAUUCCUUUGCCAGUGGCUGGGGCAAUACGGAAGAACCUGUCGUUGAAAAUUCGCCAAUCACCCACCCCAACGAACAGUAUUUGGCGUCAGCCAAAUCCGACUGGAAUAACUACGCCGACUUCACGUUCGGGUCAAGUCCACAGCAUGGAAAGCAUGGCAGCGGCCAGGAGAUCGUCAUUGUUCACGUCAACGGUGUCCACCGCUUAGUGGCUUAUCCUUGCGUAUGUCCUGGCGCGGUUCCACUUGACGAACAAUACCUGAUCGCAGGGUUGUACCCGAGCACAUAUAAAUCGGUGGAAACAGUAUUCACUUUCCAACUGCUCCGCGACUACAACCUGGCGGUCUUGGAAUGCUGCACUUCGGCGGGAGAAUACUUCAGUAAGCUGAGACGACUAACGAACCCAGACUUUCCCGAUGCUGUCCCUAAUCGUCAUCGUGAACUCUUACGAGCGGCAAGACAAUUUCGUCACUUGCAAGAGCUGGUUCGUUUUGGAUAUACGACCAGGGAGGCCGCCUCAAAGCCUGGUAGCAUGGCCCUGUUCUGCGCGGCGUGUCCGCAACCGGAUGUCAAUUUGGAGGAAAACUGGGAGCAAGACAAAAAGCACAUGUCAUUCGUAGCCGACGGCAACUUUGUUUGUGUCAGGCAAAGUAAAAAGGGCGCAGGACAAGAUUUGUUCCUCAAGCAAGGCGGAGGUUAUUUUGUGGAGAGUAGAGCAUAUAAGCACCACCUCGCUUCCGCUACCGAGAACACUGAGGCUUCUACCUGUAAUGAGCACAGAGCCGUCGCCGACAAGAACAAAGCGCACAAGGGUUACGAUGCCACCGGUAUUGGCGCUCUGGCUUGCGCUAGGCAUGGAGCCUUCGUACCUUCAUCGGUGGUCGAUUUCCAGAAAGGGGAACGACAGAUGAAUAUGGAUUACGCUCUCUGUGAAGGAUUGAAGGCGGUCGUCUCUCCAAAGGUCCAACGCAUUAUCUUCAUUUAUGACAUUUGCUGUCAGUAUUGGAAAAACCUAGCCGCACGCGUCAAGGCAUACAAUGACACCAUCAAGCUGCCAUGGUAUGACCGCAUGAUAUUCUCUAUCGGUCAAUGCCAUGUCCACGGACAUCAAGAGAAAUGCCUUCCGCGGUUCUCUCCCCUCUACAUCGACGGUAUCGGCUGGAAUCACGGGGAGAUUUUAGAGCCUAAUUGGUCUCUGCUAAACUCCACAGGGACGAUGACGAGUACAAUGACCGAGGCGCACCGCAUGGAGGUUCUAGACAGCAAGAUGAUGGACUUGAACUGGAAGAAAAUGACGAAUCUUUACAAAACCCUUCCUAAAUCGCUCAAAAAGGCUUAUGAAAAUUUAUCAGAGUUGUUAGAUGCUGUGGAGAUGCUGAAAAGCUCAGCUUCAGCGGCACAGCGGGAACAAUGGGAUCAGCAGUUGGCGGACGCUCAGAAGAAGCGGGAGAAGCACCAUCCCGAAGCCAUGGAUAUUCUAAUGUCCACAAUUGACAAAGCACCAUCCCGGAAGGCUAUCGAGGCCAGUUUGAUAACCAAUGAGCUCAAGCAAAGUCGCCACGUAGGAUUGACGUCCUGGGUGCAUGACGGCAUGAUGAUUCAGGAGUUACAAAUGGAUGUCCUAUCCGCCGCCAAGGAGUUGGGCUCAACUCCGACAGAUGACCAAAGGCUUGAGUUAGAAAAGAAGCGGGCGGCCUUGAAAGCGAAGCACGACCAACAUCUCGAGAAAGGACUGCAAUUAUUUCCACGUCUAUCUCAGCGCAAUGAUGCAGAUCCCCGCUCGGCAUUUCUCCACGCUCCAAUUAGAGAGCCAUGCGACUGUGAACAAACACCAUGCGGCCACUCGGGGAUGGACUUCAAUCCGUUCGAGGCGGUACCGAAAGGGCCGCUUGAGAGGUUGGCGGUGCUCAUGCCUUCAUCUGAGCCGGCGGGAUCUCAGAUCUUGCCUGAAGAAGCCAAGGUCGCCGAACUAGAGUUGCGGAAAGCUCAAGCUGAUGAAGCACUCGCUAACCUAAGGACCCAGGUUGGCUACAAAUCCUUCUUGUUCAAGGCUAACAUCCAACUGGCCCAGAAUAAAGCGCAGAAAACCCGGGGCUAUGCUGCAGUGGCGUCUGCGGAGAAAGCAAUCCAGAGAAGCACAAGGAUCUACAAUCAAGCUCAAUGGGCGAUCUGGCAGCUUACCGCUGACGCCUCCGUUCGGGAGACCUAUCGAAAGCUCAAUAAAGGGGAUGCCAAGCCAUUAGAGUCGGUUUAUCAACCGAACGCACCGGGUCAAAGUCGCCAAGUGGUCAGUUGGAUUUGGGGUUGGAAGCACCAUGGACAGAGCACAAACCCUGAAUUCCUGUUGGAAAUAUGCAGGUUGAAUUGGCUUAGAACAACGUCUCGCUUAAAGAGGUGGCAAGAGGAGGUAGACUUGGUGAAAGCAGAGAUGGGAUGGACCGUUAAUUUCAUGGAAAAUCGGGCCAAACAUUGGGAUUCCUUGGCCACGAGUGGUAAUGACAUGGGGCCGCGUUCAGCGGCGAGGUACCAAGCGGCGACCUGGCGGAAACUUGCUUAUCAGGCGGCCGCCGCUUUUAGUCCAUUUUGUGAUCCGCCCCAAGACGAGGGACCGCCUCUUACAUAA